CCUUCGGUCCACGUGUUUUUUAGUGUUUGAAAUAAAUUAAAAUGACCAAAUUGAAAGCCAAGAAGUCUAAAACAAAUAAAAAACAAACACAAGAAAGUAAGAAGGAAGAUGAAAAUGUUGUAGUACUUCCGCCAGUACGAAUGUCCGAUGAUCCGACGCCGAAACAGGUAAAAUGGAUCAAUAGGCAAAGGGUCUUGGUAUUUGCAGCUCGUGGUAUAAACCAUCGACACCGCCAUCUAAUGGAGGACAUCAAGAAAUUGAUGCCACACCACAAGACUGAGUCGAAAAUGGAAAGAAGCAAGAACUUGUACAUUGUGAAUGAGAUCAGUGAAAUGAAGAAUUGCAACAAAUGUAUUUUAUUUGAAGGACGGAAAAUGAGAGAUCUUUACAUGUGGAUGGCAAACAUUCCUAAUGGGCCCAGUGUCAAGUUUCUAGUGGAAAAUAUUUACACAAUGGGAGAGUUGAAAAUGACUGGAAAUUGUCUUCGAGGGUCCAGACCGCUGCUCUCAUUUGAUCCUCAGUUUACUAAAGAUGCCCAUUACAACCUACUAAAGGAGCUACUGACGCAAAUAUUUGGAGUGCCGUACCACCAUCCCAAGAGUCAGCCUUUCUUUGACCAUGUGUAUAGUUUCAUGAUCCUGGACAAUAGAAUUUGGUUCAGAAAUUACCAGAUAUUGUCUGAAGAUGGUGCACUUGCUGAAAUUGGACCUAGAUUUGUGUUAAACCCUGUAAAAAUCUUUUCUGGGUCAUUUGGUGGUGGUACUUUAUGGGAAAACCCUAAGUAUGUAAGUCCAGCAAAGUUAAGACAGGCAUUCUCAAAGAAAGCUGCUAACAAAUACGAGAAGAGAAUUGAGCAGAAAGUUGUAUAUGAAGCCACUAGACCAGAAACUGCUUAUCCUGAUAUUGAAGGUCCAGAAUUUUUCAAAGGAGAUCCAUUGGAGAAAGCUCAAGAAGUUCUGAUGAAAGUAGAAGUAAAAGAAGAGGAUGAAUCUAUGGCAGACAGUGAGCCUGAACUUCCGAGCAAACCUGUAUUCUCUAUGAAGAAGGCUAAGAAUAGACCAGACAAAGUAAUUCGCCGCAAACAACUCAAGGCAAAGAGCAAAGCAAUCUCUGAUCAAAUCAAGAAGAGAAAACAUUUGCUGAAAAAGAAAAAACCAACUAAAGGAUAAGAUUUUUAUUCUGCAAUAAAACAAUUCUUUUUCACACAAUAUUGGAU